CGCCAUUUCUCCUCUCUAGCUUUAUUGACAAGAGGACAAUGUUUACAUCGCAGGACGGCUCUGGCUGGAGCUCCUGGGUAUGGCACCGGCUAGCCAGAUGGAAGGUCAGAAUUGUGUGACUGGAAAAAGAACCAAGCUCCUAUAUACUGGAGUAUGUAAUUGAUGACAUCUAAUCAAACAUGAACAUGGAGGCUGCACAUGUUGGAACAGUACCCCAGGAGCUUGCAGAGUCAUCAGAUAAGGACUGUGGUGAAAAUAAAACUUAUAGGAGUAACCAAAGCAAAGAAGCCAGUCUGCCUGAAAAUUCUUUCCAGUGUGACAACUUGCAGAUCUCUAGAAGUGGGUGCACCAAUCAUCAGACAGAUCUAGAAGCCAGGAAAAGUUGUGAGGUAUCACAGGAACGAUGGCUGCAGUUAUUUCAGCUAGUUGAACGACAGUGUCAAGAACAGAUAGAUGCCCAACAAGAGCAGUUUAACCAUCAGCUCCAGCUCAUCCGUGAUGAAAUUAAGCAAUUGGCCCACUUACAAGCAGGCAGCUCUCCUCAGAGUUAUGGACCUGGCAAUGCUGUUUUACCUGUGACAUAUGACACCCAUUCUUUGAAACCUCAGGAUGACCAGCGUACACAAGAUGAAGAACGAGGGAUGAACUCAAGCAACCCACUCCAUCUGUUUAGGGAAUUGGAUAUUCAUCAAAGAGCUUUUAUUACACAGGAGCAUUUUUUGGAGAACACAUCCGUCAGUAGCGGCUAUGGAACACAUUCUGCCUCUGAGCCAAGCGCUUGUUUAAGCAGCUGCAUUCAAAAUACCUCAAGGGAGAAAAGACUGCCUGCAAAACAGAUCUUAAAAGAAUGCAAUACAGAGUCUAUAAGACCACAUUAUUUACAGCAUGUACCUGUAGAAAGUGAAAAACCAUUUAAGCUGCUAUCUGGUGCAAGGUGUCAUCUGAUAUCCACCGAAGGGCAUUCAUCAGAGCAUUCAGAAUCUAAUUUAAACUGUGAUAAAAAUACUACCUUCAAUAGUAAUUCGGCAAACAGAUCACUGACUACCUGGGCUCAGAAGAUUAGAAAGACUCAUUGUAAAAAGACUACCAAAAUGGACCAGAUUCCAACUCUUUCAACUCAUCUACGUUCCCCUUCUGAACAAGAUCUUGAAUAUACGGAUGCUUCGUCAAAUGCAUUUUACCUCAACAAUCGGACAGAAAGUGCAAAUUCUUUAUUCUCUGGUGGAUCUGGGUUUACAUACUGGAUGAUGGAUGAAAAGGAGAUGUACCAUCCUUUGCCUGAAAACUUUGAAACUGGACUCCAAAAACUUUUUUCUCCCAAAGAGUCUAAAGAAUUGAGGAUUCCAUCUCUAACAGAUAUAUAUCACCAGAAACAAAGAGACAGGGAACAGUGCCCUGCCUGGGAACCUCUGUCUCCUUCUGAGCACACUCAUCCUCCAGAGGUAUUGACACUGGAUCCAACACUACACAGAAAACCUCUUCACAAUGCCUUGCUUUCCAAACCUGUUACUCACUGUAGUGAGAGCUACACAGCCCCUGUGACUCCUGACUCUAUCUUAGAAAACCCUUCUUACAAUCAUGAUGAUGAAGAGACUACAUCUAAUGCUUCAUCUUUGUUGGGUGAUUCAUCAAAUAGGUCUCCCUUGUGUCUGGCAGUAGGUGAUAAGCAUUGGAAAUCUACUAGAUACAAAGUGAAAAAAAACAUAGACUACCAGCUGUGUCAUGGAGACGCUUGCAGUGAUGAAAGAAUGAACUGUACCGAGGAUGAAGCAAACAGUUUAGCUUCUUCCCCAAUAUCUCAAUCGCCGUUACCACCUACAGAGAACAAUAUGCCUAGCACCUCUGGCAUCUAUCCUAUGGACCAUCCUGUAAUGCUUUCCAAUGUCAGGCGAAGUUUAAGGGAAAAGCAUGCUCGGCACUUGGCAGAUUUACGAGACUACUAUGAGUCAGAGAUCAGUAACCUAAAGCAACAACUUCUUGGCAAUAACAAGUCCACUUCCACUCAAGACCUGAUGAAAAUCAAUAGUCUGACUGAGAGUUGUGCCCAGUUGGAAGGAGCUUUAACGGAAGCAAGCAAAAGAAUCCGUGUACUUGAGAACAAAAACAGUGAACUUGAAAUACAAUUAGCUGAAUGGAGAGAACGAUAUCAUACAGCUAAUGGCAUUUCAACGGACUUGCAAGAACAAAUUGAGGAAAUGAGAGUAAGAAGUAAAGAAAAAGAAAAUGCAAUCAGCAGGUUACAGUCCAAACUCAAAGAAAUUGAAGAAUCACUUCAGAAAUCUAUUAGGCAGUCAGAUGACAAGGAAACACGGAUAAAACAAGAGCAUAAAAUGUUUCAAGAUCUUUUAUUGGAAUAUGAGUCACUUGGGAAGGAACAUGAAAGAGUAAAGGACACUCUCAGUAUAACUGAGAAUACAUUAUGCAAUGCACAUAGUGAACUGAAUGAGCUCAGAAGAACUGUUUCAAAACUGGAAACACAAAUAAGACAACUGGAGCAUGACAACAUAGGGAAGUUUAACCAUAUAACUGAAGGCCAGUUGUGGUCCUCGAGGCCCAAUAAUGAAGUGUUAUACACAAGUGGUAAUUCAUGCGGUGUGGAUGUAGCACCCUGUAAGUAUCUGACAUCUAAAGCAGAGUGUUCCAUCUUUACUGGCCAGCCACUUGACAACAAGACCAAAGAGAUGGAGAGAAAACAAGACAUCAUGUAUGCACAAAACAGGUACAAUUCCCCUCCAGAAAAGGAUGCUGUACAUGAUAUCUUGGCAUCUAAAACAGAAGACAGCAGUAGUGAGGAAAGUCCUAUUCUGAAAGCCUUGAGAGAUUACGAAGAAGAGAAAGAAUUAAAAAUUUGGAGUUCUUUUCCAAAUAAAGACAACUCCUCUAAUAAACUGACUUCCAAGAGACACCUGAUUGGUAUCAGUGACUAUUGUACCCCUCGAGGUUCCCCUGAGAGAAGUAAAGAACGACAGAGGCAGCCUAACUCCACUUGUGGGCCAAGAUCUUCUUCACUUCCACCAUCAAACCGCAAGUCUGUUAAUACACCAACAAAACGUGAAUUAAUGCUCACCCCAUUGUCUGUAAAGUACAGUCCGAAGCGUUCUCCAAGUGAAAACCUCUCUCCAGGUUUAAGCCAGUUAUUACAUGUAGGGGAGAAUACUGUGACAAGUAGGUUUGAUGUGCCUGGUAAUUCAUCAACUUUUAAAAAUCCAAGCCCACGAAAAAGAUUGCAGUUUAUGUCCCUGGAAGACCCGGAAGGUAUCAUUAUGGCAACAUGGAGGCAAACUAUUAUUAAUUCAGAGAAUAGCUGUGAGUCACAGUUUCCACUGUUAUUGCCACCAUUUGAGACUGAAAUCACAUUCAAUGAGCGGAUGAAAACCAUUUCCAACACAGAGCGUCUUUUUGAUGAGUUAUCAGAAGAGAAAAAACAGAUUGAAGCUGCCCUUAGCAGAAUGCCAGGGGUUGGUCGUAGACUGAGCCUGAAAAUGAGAGCCACAAAGGAAAGUUUAGAAGAUCGUUUGGAGAAGAUCAACCGAGAACUGGGUUCAAUCCGCAUGUCUCUGAAGAAACACCAUGUGCUACCAACAUCAGCAAAUAUUUAAGACAUUCAGAAAUACCCACAGAUGGCACUUUGCACUAUACAAUAUUUAUGCACUGACAAAUGCUACUAGCUAAAAGUCUAAAGGGAAUGACCUUUCAUGUCUCUUACUGCUUUAAUAAUGUUUCUAUUUCACGCAAGCCCUUUUUAUUGUACACAUUUUUCUUACACAGACUGAAAAUUUUAUAUUUUAAUAUCUAAAGUGGCCAAAUUUUAGAGCAGGUGCUGUACAUUAUGUAUUAGACAUGUAGGUAUACAUUUUAUUAAGUAACCUGUGACCCCGUCACUUGUUUAUGAUUUUUAUUUUGUUCUUCCUGGUAUAAACCAUCACAGUGCUUCCAGAGUUAGGUUUUGUUACAUGAAAAUCUUGUGAAACAUAUUUUUGCAUCUGAAGUAUUUAGUUACCACAUGUAUUAUAUUUGCCUGUUUUGUAAAGACCUUCAACGCUUUGCUGGGCAAUGCAUUGCAGGCCUACCAUGUGUUCUGUUCAUUGACCUUUUGGUGGAAAAACUAAAAAAAACUAAAAAUAAACCCAGUAAUGUGACACUUUUUGGAGCACAGCACAACUCUGCAAUAAAUGUCAUUUAAAUGUUUGUUUUCUCCUUGCGCUAAG